UGCCUGCCAAGUGCUGGGGGCCGGAAGAGCGCAAGCACGUAGGCGCAGCCGCAAGGUGUGCCGGGAAGCGGUGGUUCGGCGCUCCGCUGCUCGCGCCUGCUAGUUGCUAGGAACCAGGGACGCCGGCCCGGCGGCCGCGGCCUGUGAGCGGCGAUGGAUCCCGGGAAGAGAAGAACGAAAGAUGAUACUUGGAGAGCAGAUGAUCUCAGAAAACACCUUUGGGCUGCACAGUCAGGUAGUCCCAAGGAAGAUAAGAAACACAGAGAAAAGAAGCUGCAGAAGGAGUCAGAAGUGGACUUCCUUGAAUACAAAGAGCAAAAGCACAGGGACCCAGACCGAGACACCAAGCACAGAGAGAGGCCCUCCGAGAGAGACCGUCACGCUUCCAGGGAGAACCCUCGUGGGAACAGAGACAGAGAAACACUGAGGGAAAGGAAAAGGGACUCCAGAGACCGGGACGGAGAAAGGCACAAAGAGAAAUACCGAGAGCAGGAUGCAGAGAAAUCUCACAGUCGAGGAAAAGACACAGACAAGGACAAAGACUGCAGAGUGAGGAGGGAGGAGCUGCGGCAGACGGCCCGCCACAGCCUGCUGGGCCGGCAGCUCCCCGAGCAGGCGGAGCGCAGGGCGAGGGCAGGUAGCAAAGUGAGAGCUGAAGAGAAGGGGAAGAGAGAGGAAGACUCUGAACAGGGGGACAAAGAGAGGGAGAGGCGGUACCGAGAAAGAAAGCUGCAGUACGGCGACAACAGGGACACUCCUCUUCAGUACUGGCUCUACAAGGAAGGAGGCGAGCGGAGACACAGGAGGCACAGAGAGCCAGACCGAGAGCAGACGCGUGGAGGAAAAGGCAGCACGAGGGAGAGAAGAGACAAGCACUCAAGAGAAAAAAGCCAUUCGUUCUCUGACAAGGGAGGGGAAGAACGACGACACCGAGAGAAGCGCCACGGGGAAGGCUCUCGCGUCGGAGAGGAGAGGCCGCCAAGAGCCGAGCCGAGGACCUGGGAGUCCAAGAACAGUGAGCACAGAAAUCGGGGUUCAAGUUCAAGGAGAGAUCUGACCGGCAGCCAGGAAGGAUCAUGCACUCUCUGGUAUGCAGAGAGUUUAGUAAAAAAUAAUGGAAAAGAUAAAGACUCAAGAAAGAAGGAAAUUGAAAAGGAAGACACUGAUCUAGAAAAUGCUGGAGCUGAUGAAUUUACAGCUUGUGCUGAAGAUGAUUUUGAAGACUACGAAGAUGACUUUGAGGUUUGUGAGGGAGAGGACGACAGCUCUGGGGAGCCGGAGCCAAAGGAGAACAUCGAAGAGCUUCCUCUGGCCAGAAGAAAGGAGAUACAGGAAAUUCAGAGAGCCAUCAAUGCCGAGAACGAGCGGGUCGGCGAGGUGUCCUGCAAGCUGUCCCAGAGGCGAGGUCUUGUGGAGGGUGACAGGAAGGCAGAGAGAGAUGCAAACAGUUCCCCUUCCAGAACCCCUGUUUGUGGAAUUUUCAUGGAUUUUGCAACAGCCUCACGCCGUCAGAAGAGUCGGACUCAAGCCCUUAAGCAAAAGACACGCAGUACAAAACUGCUUCGGCUCAUUGACUUGGAUUUUUCCUUCACUUUCUCUCUUUUGGAUCUACCGCCGAUAAAUGAAUAUGACAUGUAUAUCAGAAACUUCGGGAGAAAAAAUACCAAGCAGGCGUAUGUUCAGUACAAUGAAGAUAAUGUUGACAGAGACAUCCAGACUGAAGAGAUAGAGACCAGGGCGGUGUGGACCCAGCACCCAGGCGAGGGCACGGCCGUGUCAGGGGGGAGCGGGAGUGACGACCUGUGGGACACGGCCGCCCCGAAGGUCAACACGCCCCGACUGUCCCGCUUCCUUCGGGCCGCCUGCCAGGUGAUUGCGGUUUUGCUUGAAGAGGACCGGGUGGCGGCCGAGCCCAGUUGGAACGCUGCGGCACAGGACAGCGCCCUGGGGAUCAGUGACCGCGCCUUUCAGCUGAACACCAGCCUGCCGUUCCUCCAGGAUCGAAAAGUGUCCUGCUUAUGCGCCUCUCAGGUGCAGAGGCAGACGGUGGUAUCCGUCCACGGGCCGCCGGAAGCAGCGUCCGCCCCCGUGCCAGACGGCAGGCACGUGCUGUGCGUGUGGGAUAUCUGGCAGCCUUCGGGGCCGCAGAAGGUCCUGAUAAGUGAGUCGAAGGUCACGUGCUGCUGCUUUAGCCCUUUUAAAGCCUUUUUACUGUUUGCUGGAACAGUGCAUGGCUCAGUCCUUGUGUGGGACCUACGAGAAGACUCCAGAAUGCAUCACUGUGUGAAGCUGGGUGACCGCUUCUGGACGUUCAGGACAGCAACGUUUUCUACUGAUGGCCUCCUGACGCCAGUAAACCACUGCAGUGCUGUUCAAGCCGUCGAACCUGUCUCCACGUCUGUCUACAAAAAACAGAGUUUUGUGCUUUCCCCCUUCUCUACUCAAGAAGAAAUGUCAGGUUUGGCGUUCCACAUUGCUUCGCUGGAUGCGAGCGGGGUUCUCAACGUGUGGGUGGUGGUUGAGUUACCGAAGGCAGAUAUCGCAGGCUCAGUAAGUGACUUAGGUCUAAUACCUGGAGGGAGGAUAAAAUUGGUGCACAGCACCACGAUUCAGCUGAGUGACAGCCUUUCCCAUAAAGGCUGUGAAUGCUGGGGGCGCACACAAGCCCUCAAUGUGAAGUUUCUGCCUGCAGAUCCCGCUCACUUCGUUGUUGGCACAGACGUGGGUGUUAUAAGUCACGGCGCCAGACAGGAUUUGAGAGUGUCUCCCAGACUGUACAAACCCCGGCAGCGUGGCCUGAGACCCGUCAGAGUAAAUGUGAUCGACUUUUCACCAUUUGGAGACCCAAUAUUCCUGGCCGGCUGUUCAGACGGAAGCAUCAGGCUGCACCAGCUGCUCAGCGAGCGCCCGCUGCUGCAGUGGGACGGGGGCACCGGCGGCCGCCCCGUCACAGGCCUGCGCUGGUCCUGGACCAGACCCGCCGUGUUUCUGGCCCAGGAUGACGCCUCCUGCAUUUAUAUUUGGGACCUCCUGGAAAGCGACUUGGGUCCUGUGGCCAAACAGCUGAUCUCUCCGGACAAGCUGGUGGCCAUGACGGUCGUGGGAGAAGCAGAGAAGACCAGCGGCAGCUUCCUGGCCCUGGUGCUGGCCAGGGCCUCCGGCAGCGUGGACCUGCAGUUCCUGAAGACGGCCUGGGCGGCCCCGGUGGCAGAUGAACUGGGGAGGCUGCGGGCGCUCCUGCAGGGAGCCCAGUAGGAGGGGGCGUGGGGAGAUCGCAGGUGCUGGGAGAUCGCCGGCAGGGGCAUCCCUGUGAGAGGGGGCGGGAAGGUCGUGGGGGCAGGGAGCCCUGUAGGAGGGGGUAUGGGGAGGUCACAGGUGCGGGGAGCCCCGUAGGAGGGGGCGUGGUGAUCGCGGCCAGCUGGUGAUGGAUCCUGGAGGGCGUAUUUCCAUCCGUGGCCUGUGCAUUUAUGCGGAUAGAGGGCGUAUAUUAUGUAUGUAACUUACUUUACAAGAACGUCACAUCACUGUUCCCGGUAAAUAAAUUGCUAUUUUUGAAUGGAAACAAGCAUUCGAGUGCAGGCCGGACUCCAGGGGAAAUAGUCAUGCGGCUACGCUUGUCUCUGAGAAUAUUUCUCCUUAUUUUUAGAACAGCUUUACAAUAUUGGCACGUUUAUAUUUAAACAAUCUACCAUGAGAAUGUAUUUCAAUGAACAAUUUUCUUAGGCACACAGAAAAUGACAUACACAGGGUAUAAAAUAAAAGGACUUUCCUUAUUGAAAUCACCUCUGCCAACCACAUUUUCCUAAAACUUUCUUAGGCCUCUUUGGCAGUGUUUGAAAUGUUGUGCAUUAUGCUUUAGUAUUUAAAGUAUUUUUGUAUAAAAAUAAUACAAAAGUAAAUAAAUUCUUUUUUUAUAGUU